CAGACGUCUCGCGGAUGCGCACUCGUUGUUCGUCAGUGAUGGUCAGCUGUGUACGGGAGACGACGUCGAGAAAUGCGCCUUAGGCAUGUAACUCUGGCUCUCAGAGAUACCGAAAGGCCGCAAAAUGUACGCGUACGGUUUCGAGAUCACAUAGACCUGUAAUAUGCCUGUGCCUAGUGCGAGUUCACGGUGAAAAUCUGGCGUGAACGGUGGCUCGGAGAAAUGGCGUCGGUGGCGGGCUCGACCGAACAGCCGCCCGCCGCGCACGGGCACAGCUUCUGCAAGAAAACCUUCCACAAGCCCACGUACUGCCACCACUGCAGCGACAUGUUAUGGGGCCUCAUCCAGCAGGGCUUCAUCUGCGAAGUUUGCAACUUCGUAGUGCAUGAUCGCUGCUUGAAGACUGUGGUGUCCCCGUGUUCCAGCGUCGCCGCCAGCCUCAUCAAGAAUCCGGUAGCUCACUGUUGGUCGGAACCUUUCCAUCAUAAGCGGAAAUUUUGCAAUGUCUGCCGGAAAAGAUUGGAUGAUAGUGAGUCCAUCCACUGUGAAAUAUGUGAAUACUUCGUGCACACGGAAUGCCAGGAUUUCGCUGUGGCUGACUGCAAGGAGAACGCCACUUAUCUUCCGGGUAAGCAGCUCGUCUACGUCCACCACCAACAUCACUGGCGGGAAGGCAAUCUGCCAAGCAACUCCAAAUGCUAUGUCUGCAAGAAGACCUGCUGGACUACGGAAUGCUUGUCGGGCUACCGGUGCGAGUGGUGUGGAAUGACGUGUCAUGCUGCUUGUCACGUGAACGUAACAAGCGAGUGCACAUUUGGGAUGCUGGAACCCAUCUACCUGCCACCGCAUGCCGUUAGCAUUCCAAGGACCGAGGUACCCAUGGAGGCCAUCAUUGGCGUUCAAGUUAGGAGGAAGGAUACCCUGUCUCGUGAGUAUUCAUGUCUCAUCAGUGGCGAUAGCGUUAGGCGGAGUGCUUCUUUAUCAAGUGUUCUGAAGCGUCUUUCUGUUGUUUUGCCGAAUACUUGCCAAGGCAAAUGCCAGCCGCAAUUGUCACCCCCUUAUGUUCGAGCACGGAGUACCUCGGAGGAAUUUAGCAGUGGGGAUGCUGGUCGGUAUAGGGAUUGUGAAGAAUACGCACAAAUUCAUGCACCAGGACGGGAUAGCCGGCAAGAUAAGCAGAAUAAAAACCAAGAAGAACGUGACGAAGAGGUUAUAAAGGUUUACGACGGGAAUAAUUCCCUAAGGAGACGGAUCUUCAGAACUAUCGUGGUGUCCAGGCAAGCUCCCUUAAGUCAGGUGUUAACACAGGCUCUGAGGGCGUUUCAUAUCACAAAAGACCCAAAUUCAUUCCAUCUAACAGAUCUCUACUCGCAAGAUGAAGCCGUUCUGCAAGAUCCUACUCCCGUCUUAAGCGUUCAUAGGAAGGAAGGAAAGCGGCCAGCUGUUUUUCUUAGAUUUAAGGACCGUGAUAAUGAUAAAGGUGAAGUGCGCGUCUAUCCCGGAAAACUCCAAGUAUCUCAGGCAUUCUGCACCGUGCCUGUGGAUUCAAAUACGUCUGUUGGCGACCUCAUCCGAGAAGCGCUUAAACGCUUUGGCCUUGAAAACUAUAACUGUGAAGACUAUCGUUGUAGUGAAGUACUUCUGGAUAGAGGGGUUACGGAGAGAGUUUUGUCCUGGAAUGAAAGGCCGUGGGAAAUCAUGAAACAACUUGGAAAGGACAGCAUUAGACAGAUGGAAUUAAUGAGGUUUUACUUACAGCUAAAACAAGAUCCACAUGGACCAAAUCUUGCUUUAUUUGUGGGAAAUUUACCACCCAAUCUUUCCGAGCGAAAUUAUGAAAACAUUUUAACUGAAUUCCUAGGCAAAGAAAAUAAAUUUUCUAAAAUCGGUCCAAUCUACUAUGAAUACGGUUCUAUGGUGAUCACUUAUGAAGAUUCAGACAAGGCUGUAAGAGCACUUUAUACUUUACGAGAAUCAAAAUUUGAAGAUAAACAGCCUUUACUAGUUAUGUUACUUCCCAACAUAGAACCUUCGAUGAUACCUCACGGAGUACAACCUCUAUUAGUGUUCGUUAACGUAAAGUCUGGUGGAUGCCAAGGCCUUGAAUUGAUAUCCAGCUUCAGGAAAUUGUUGAAUCCUUACCAGGUAUUCGAUUUGGAUAACGGUGGGCCCUUGCCAGGCCUCUAUGUGUUUCGAAACAUUCAAAACUAUAAAAUACUCGUGUGUGGUGGAGAUGGUACAAUCGGAUGGGUACUACAAUGUUUGGACAAUGUUGGGCAGGAUUCUCAGUGCUCGUCCCCGGCAUGUGCUAUAGUACCGUUGGGAACAGGGAAUGACUUGGCGAGAGUGUUAAGGUGGGGCCCGGGGUACACGGGAGGUGAAGACCCUUUAAAUCUUCUCAGGGAUGUAAUUGAUGCCGAAGAGAUUAGGUUGGAUCGUUGGACAGUGGUUUUUCAUCCGGAGGACAAACCUGACGACAGCGUUAAACAGGUCAAUUCCACCGGUAAGAAGAGGCAAAAACUGUCCAAAAUGAAAGUGACCAAUGAGCAAAUUAGAAAAGCAGUUGUAGCAGGUUCUACGAGCGAAGACAACUCCCAAAUUUUCGUGAUGAACAACUAUUUUGGGAUCGGGAUUGAUGCUGAUCUGUGUCUGGAUUUUCACAACGCUCGUGAAGAAAACCCUGGGAAGUUUAUCAGCAGGUUGCAUAAUAAAAGCGUUUACGUUAAGAUGGGAUUAAGGAAAAUGGUUGGACCGAAGAUGUGCAAGGAUCUUCACAAGGAAGUACGGUUGGAAGUUGACGGAAAGUUGGUUGAACUACCUCAAGUUGAAGGCAUCAUUAUAUUAAAUAUCUUAAGCUGGGGUUCAGGAGCGAAUCCCUGGGGCCCCGAAAAGGACGAUCAGUUUUCAAAACCCAACCACUGGGAUGGAAUGUUGGAGGUUGUAGGUGUUACAGGUGUGGUACAUUUGGGGCAAAUCCAGUCCGGUUUACGAACUGCGAUGAGGAUUGCUCAGGGUGGACACAUUAAAAUCCACCUCAAUUCAGACAUUCCCGUUCAAGUGGAUGGUGAACCAUGGGUACAAAGUCCUUGUGAUGUAGUAGUUUUAAAAUCGGCUUUAAAGGCUACCAUGUUGAAGAAGAUGAAGGGUAAAAUGAAGAGGCGCAACACUGAACCAACUAUGCUAGUUUCUCCUGGUGCACAACUAGCUCCUUUACCUUCCAAUGAUGGCGAAUCACCGACGGACCCCAAUAACACAACUUUUUAAUUAUAAUUCGCUAGUGAAUUCCUUUCAGUUUAGUGUUUUCUUAGACAUUAUACCCAAAGGGCAUGGGUUGUUUUCUUUCUUGCAUUUAAGAAUCAUAUUACAUAAAAUAUGUAUUUAAAAACAGUAAACUGUAAUAAUUAUUACGUUAUGGUAUGGUAUAUUUACCAAAGUAUUGGUGAAAAAAUUAUAGAUUUUGUGGCUAAAUGCCCGUUGAGUUUAUUUAAUUUUAAAUAGUUUAUUUAAGUACAAGUAAUGUACUUUAGAUAUGUUGUAGUUUUUAAAGUUUAUUUACCAAAAAGAAAAAAUAUCAAGAGAUAUAUAAAGUACUGUGCUGCCAAAAUACACAAGUACUACCAUCUGGUCAUGAACACCAUUUGGUGAGAAAUACCAAUGUAUUCAAUCACAAUAAAUGAAGACCAUAAAGAAGAAAGGAGUAACAUCAUCCUCCUAAUCUGAAGUGACUCCGAUCAGCUACGUUUCUGGAAAGCAGCUUUCAGCUAUGGAAAAUGUUCAUCCAAAGAGACGUUUAACAGUGAGUCAUAUCGUGUGAAAGAAUAAAAUAUUUGAACUACCAAUUUGUGUAGAAGGUGUGAUUCAGUCGUGAUAGGCUUUGCGAGUAGGCUAACUGUGAGAUGUGUUCCAGAACAUGUUGAUCGCCAGUAGGCUAUAUGCAAUUCUAGUCACCUUUUCCCUGAAGAAGGAAGCCACAAAAAGUGGCAGGUGUGUUGGUGUCCUAUUCAUGUUAUUACGUUGUUUUCAAUAAUACUUUACAGGGUAACCAAUCGCAAUAUCACUUCUUAAUCUUAUGUAUGUAUAAAUAUAACCAUGGUUGCAAUUGGUUACCCAUCACAAAGUUUUACUGGAGAUAUCCAAUGUAUUGAAUAGGUGUUAUGUAGGUAGCGUUUGGUCUUGCUAUCCAGGAAGUGAUGCUGAACGCUGUCGUUAAUCUGCCUCGGUGCAAGGGGCUCAGUUCUUCACGGAUGCUGCCUGGAGCCUAGUUCGUGAAGAAAGCACUGUGGGCAGAUUUACGCAACGAUGUGACCCUUAAUUUAGCUAUUAUCUUACUUAAAUCGAUGUGCUAUAUUGUUUGUAAUUAUAUUUCCAAUUAUGUAUUUUAGAUGAAAUCGCCAGAACGUUUGUCUAUUUCAUCAACCGAAAAACUUCAGUAACUAAUUAAUAUGAAACGUUCUCUGUGGUUAUCAAGAUCUGUUUUUUGAUGGCUACCUAGAACCACAAAUUUUAUAAGACACUGAGGUUUUUCUUUUACAUAUAAGAUAUGAAAUAUAUGUAUAUGUGAUUAAAUAGAUAUAUUAAAAUUGUGAAAUAUAGAAAUAUUAAAUGUA